GAUCUUUUGGAUCUUUCUUCUUUAAUCUAAACCCUAAAAUGGAUCUUUUAUACUAUCACAGUAGUUUCGCAUCGGCUUUUUUUUCAUCGGCCUCCGUCCCACAGUCUCUCACCAACGGUGCUGUUCCAUUGAUGCUCUGUAGACUGUCAUCAUCACCAUCAUCAUCAUCAUGUCCUCCGCCAAUGAUAGCUCUCUUUUGUCGAGCACCGCGAGCAGCAUAUUGGGAGCCAGCGCGUGGAAUCGGGAAAAGGACCACCAGCAUGUACAGGGCAAACCAGGAUGGGUGAUUCGGGGUCUCGACGACCAUCAAGACACCACAAAUACAAAAGGUAGUAGAAGUAUUAAGGAUCAAGAGCAUCUCUUGCAACGGCGCGUCUAUCCUGCUCUGAUCCAACCAAUAAGUGAUGGAUCUCCAGCACCAGAAGAAUUCGCACAACAACCACCAGAAGAACAAGAGGACAAGAGCGAACUGGAAUCGGCCGUGCUGUUGGAUUGUCUGUCGACUCAUUUUUUGUGUGCGCCGUUGCCACUCGCCCAAAAGCACGCUUUGGUGACGCAGUUUGAAAAGGUGCAAUAUCGAAAAAAUGAAGUCAUUUUUCGACAAGACGAACCGGCCGACUAUUUGUAUGUGUUGUAUCUGGGAGACAUUAAAAUCUUUGACGAUCAGGGAGAGGACAUUACAGCGACGGUGGUCGGCAAUAAUAAGUACACCGUCUUUGGAGAAUUGGAACUCCUCACUCAUGCACCGACUCGAUCCACCACUGUCAAGGCGACCUCUUCCAUUUGUACACUCUUUCGGCUCUGUAAAACACUCUAUCAACGGGCCUUUCUUCAACAACAACCCUCUUUUUCCAGUCAACAGCAGCAGCAACAAGAGCGCAUCCAACUCCUCCAAGAAGCACUCCCGGAAGAAUUGGUGGAGUACUUGCAAGAUGACGACAUGGCACUCCAACGACUCGUCAGUGGCAUGUCCACCCAUCCAUUUCAAAAGGGAGACAUUCUCUACCGCAAAGAAACCAGAUUGGAAGCCCUCGUCAUUAUUGCCCAAGGACAAGUCACGGCCACGGACAUUACCAUGGGCGGACGCUCCUACGAAGACAUGUCCAUUGGACCCGGGCAUGCCAAGACCAGUUUUGGAUGGCAAUCCAUACUAGAUACUGAUGACAAUGACAAUACUACUAGCAAUGACACUCAUCGUCAUCAACGCAUGACGGGAACCAUGGUGGCUGCAUCCGAUGGAACGGCUCUGGUCAUUACCAAGGACACCUUUGCCAAUGCCCUCGGCUCCAGCUCGACAGUGUCAUUACAACAAUUGGCCGCCAAGCGAUUGGCACGUAUUCAACUCCAACAAAUCACCGUCUUUCGAGACUCCAAUUUAGAUGAUACACAAAUCAAUGGUUUGUUGGAUCUCAUGCAUUCUUGUGAUUAUGCAACGCAAGGGGAACCCAUUUUCAAGGCCGGUGACAAGGUCGAAGCGGCCAUGUAUUUUGUCCGCACGGGAUCGGUCACGUUGGAAACCAAUCGAGGACAAACGCCGCCACAGACGAUUCAAGAGGGGGGAUAUUUUGGAGAGAAACACAUGCUGCUGGAUCAAAACAAGGACGGACACAAACAUUUUCAAUUCCGGUCGCCCAUGACGGCGCUGACAGCGGCCAACAAUACGUCCAUUGAUAUCUUGUACUUGGAAGAGUGUCGGCAAGUUAUUAAUACGACAAUCCUCGGAUUGGGACAACAGCAAUCCGCGAAUACUAAUAAUAUCGUCAGUACCAUUGACGAAUCCAUCACGUUGGCGCAAUUGACUCGGCAUGAGCUACUGGGCGCUGGUAGUUUUGGACAAGUGUGGUUGGCAUCCAUGACACGCGGUGAUACGGAUGACAGGAUUGUCGUGGCACUCAAAGUACAAGCCAAACACUUGUUGGCACAGUCGCCCGACAAGGCCGAGCGCAUUGUGGCCGAAAAGAACGUCAUGGCGUCCUUGCAUUCUCCGUUCAUUAUGCGACUCUUGAAUGCCUUUCAAGACGACAAGCGUCUCUACAUGAUUUCAUCCAUUCUACAAGGAGGAGAACUCGAAUCCAUCAUUCCACAAGAAGGACUGCCCGAGUCGGCGGCCAAGUUUUAUGCCGCGGGCAUUUUGGAAGGGAUAUCGCACAUGCAUCGAAGACAUAUUCUGCACCGUGACGUCAAACCCGAGAACUGCCUUAUUGAUGCCAAGGGAUACCCUGUCUUGAUUGAUUUGGGGUUUGCCAAGUACGUACCGGACAAGACAUUCACAUUUUGCGGGUCACCCAUGCUGACAGCGCCGGAGAUUAUACGAUACAAGGGAUACGAUCGAGGAUGCGACAAUUGGUCUUGGGGCGUGGUGGUCUACAGACUAGUUACGGGGAAAUAUCCAUUCUACCAAAAAGGAAUGGACGAACUGGCAUUGUACAAACGAAUCUGCCGUGGCACUUUUGAACUGGAUGGGACCAUGUCUCCUGAAUUUCGACAACUCAUAGUGUCGAUUCUCUAUCCGGAUCCAACGCGGCGACUGGGGUCGCGUGUCAAUGGUUGGCGGGAUAUGUUUGCUUCUCAAUGGUUUGCCAAUAUCGAUCUGCGGAGCUUACGGAAACAAGAGAUAUCAGCCCCGUGGGUUCCCGAAUUGAAGGAUCCACUCGACGCCUCUCGAUUCCAUCCUGAUUCCUCUGACGUCGAAGACUUGAUGACGGCAACCUUGCCGGGGAUUUCUGAAACGCAGCAAAGCGUAUUCGACGCGUUUGGUCCUCAAAUAUAGCGUGCACGAAAGACUCUCAUGUUCGAGAGGUCCAGCUCCAUAAGUAUUGCUCAAAAAUUCUUAACAUGGUUCCACGGAGAAAGUUGGAUGCUGUCUCUGUAUGGACAGAUUUGCUCAAGACUUCUCAUACUCAGUUUCCCUUGGUCGGGCUGGGAAGACGUGACAAAGCUGGUUCCGUAGGUCCCUGACUCUACAUCCACCACCCUGGAUCCAUUGCUCAGGAAUCUUGACUAUUUCCCUGUAGAAAAUACUGACUCCAAUCCUUUCGCUGAGGGAUUUCGAACAAAGGAUAAGAGGCAGUAGACACUUGGUCAAGUGGUUCUUGGCUGUCCACAGGAAGGCCGUUUUGUAGCGAUCCCUGCAUUAGCUGUCGCGAUCCCUGCAUUAGCUGUCGUCCUCGCACACAAGUGGAUUCCUUCGAUUCUUCAUUACUAGCUUCCGAUCCCGCUGGUGCUACCGGUACACCAAGAGGGAUUUGUCCCAGCACAACCUCUGUGUUUUUGUGCUCAUUCACAAAGGAGGCGUGAUUGCGAUAUUGCUGGUCCGAUGCCUCCUCAAUGCCUGCUGACUUGUUGGAGCUGUGCGAUAUGUAUGGCUCCAUCUUUGAGGAGCUCCUGCUUCUACCUCCUUCACUGUGGACUGCCUCUUCAAUGAUGGGCAAGUCGGUAUUUGUUUGCGCCUGCUGGCCGCUAAAGUCAGCGUCCCUCUGCAAAGCAAUCACAGCAGAAGGAUCCAUGCUGCCAAAAGGACUCUGAUUGUCAAACGAACCACGGGAGUUGGUGGGAAAUAUCGAUGCCACCUUUGCCCAAAUCCUUGUGAGGUAGCCGCUGGAGGACCCCUCGGCCGUGCUCCGUUGCCUAUUUGCCAGUUUGGGGCGAAUGUACACCAAAAAGUUGUUGAACCCUUGAAGAGGUGCCACAAAGGCAACUGUCAAAGACAACCCAAAGUUGUCGAGCUUGUCGUCUAUGGCAUCCAGAUAGACACUGAAGGUAAUGGGCCAGGUGAUGUAGAAUGCCAGCAUGAAAAGAAAACAUUGCCAAAAGACAGCUUGCUCCAUUUUGCUCGCCUGUCCCACCCCCAUGGUCCACCUCCGUGCUGAAGCGGAUUGUUGCCGGACUUUGCAGUACACCAACAGCAUGAAUCCUGUAAUGGCCAGGAUAGACAGAGCAACCGGUAUGACCACAAACAACAAGACAUGCCAGAGUUUGCCUUCGGGUGGUGGUAGUAUGUGGCACCCAUACUCAAUCCAGUGAUAAAUGGGAAUGGCUCCAAAGGCCAGCCCCAAUCCAACAGCCAAUGGUGCAGCAUGCAAAUAGAGUUGUAUCUUUUUGAGCUGGAACUCUCUCCAACCUUUUACAAUGACCAAAAAGUAGUAGAUGGAAAGGGAGGCAUUGUAGUAGAUUGAGGUAAUUCCCAGUUGAACAAAGAACGCUUGGGUCUUGCAGGUGGCCUGAUUUCCCAUGGCACCUUCCACAUGUCCUGCUUGUUCCUUGUCAAAAGGGGCCGUAGCGGCAAACCAAGCUGAGGCCGUCACAAUAUCGAAUACAGCCAUUGCAAUGAGCAGGCUGUGGAACACUGUGGAUCUGGCCUUGGGGUCCGACAGGGUAUCGUACAAAACGUAGGAUGCUCCACCAAAGGACAAAAUGGCCGAUGUGCGAGAAGCCCAAAUCAAUGCCUUUCGUUGUGCUUGAUUGAUAGUGCCUAGGUAAUCCUUGGAGCGUUCAGUGGGCUUGGGUGGCUGGGGGCACAGUGUUUCUGGACACAUGCGGGCGAGAAAGAUGGACUCAAAGCAAUUUUCGGUGGUGGCAUGGAUAUACCCAUCGUUAAACAAGCUGGUAACAUUUUCACAAAAUUCCUCCAGCGGACCGUCAUAUGCCGCCAAGAUUAUCGAGUUGUACCCUUCCGGUACGGUGGCAUUUGUAUCACAGGGACUGGCCAGAAGACAGUCCGCUUGGACGGCGAAUUCAUCACACCAGGCACAUUGAUGGUAGUACAUUCGGGCAAAUUCGCACAAAGUGUCGUUUUCCAUAUACGUGAGAUGGUCUCUAUGAGCCUCCAAAUCGUAAACUCUGUGUGGAUUGUCGAAAUCAAAGAAAUCCCAAAACAGGUCAAAGCAAACCUCCUCGGCUUCUCCACGUCGAUUUGGUGGUGUUGGUGUUGGCGGAGGCUCGCAAGAGAGGGACUCCUCUGUUUGAAAACAAAAGUCACCUCCCGUACACCAAAGACAUAAAUGGUAGCCAUUUCGAAGUGCCAGACACUCAGGGUCUUGUUUGUCAAAGACUGAAAGGUAUUCCAAAUGGUUGGCCGGAUCCAUGAAUUGGGAUCGGUUCAAGGUUCGAAAUGCCUGUGCCUGGAUAAUUUCACAGAUUUCCUGAUCGAGUUCGUCGAGCUGGUCACCCAUGAUAAGUGAGCUGUUAUUGGGUUGGUGACAGGUGGGGGCGUACUGUUCCUCAUCAAAACAGCCUCCUUGACAUUCCCCCGGACAGAGAUGUCUGACUAGACGGGAUUCCUCGCAGACUUGAUACGUUCUUGGCGCGAAAUGUAGUUCCUCGAGCGCUUUCAAGAUUGCACAUGUUUGAUUGACAUCUUGUGGGGUCUUGUACUGUGGAUAUCUGUCAUCAUCUGCCAAGACUUGUUCCAGGGAAGGUUGCCCACCACAAUUGGGUGCGUAAGCAUAGUAGAGACAGGCAUCUCGCUCCCACUGAUUUUUCUGUUGGCAAAAACCACAGUGACUAUAGGCUUUUUGAACGUGUAAGCACUCAGCAUCCUCGGGGGUGUAUUGGUUGAAGAAAUCGACAUGAGCCGGGAUCAGAUGGGUCGCUACCGAUUGGUUAAUAAAAUAGUCUUCAAUCCAGUAGCACGUCUCUUCAAUCUCCAGAAUGUCUUGCAAGUCUGUCAUCGGAUCAUCCCUCUUGCAUGUCAUAUGAAAAGCAUCAAAGCAACCAUCCUUGUUCCGUGUUGCAUUGACUGUCACAGCCAGGAAUAUUGAUACUAUUUGCAGUAGUAGCACCCAUGCUUUCCAAGCGAGGCGGUGAAAGUGGAAUCUCCCAAGAGAAGAUCUCAUUUCCUAUGGCAGCAGCCUGCCCCUCAGUGCCACUGUCUUUUUGCGUUGGUGCUGCUAUAGUUGCAGAUCCUCCUCCGAGACGAUAGCUCGGUCAGGAUCAAUGAUAUACGUACUCUUCCUCGGGAACUGCGAGUCAAUGAUGAACUUGGCCCCAGUGGAUACUUUGUUUCUUAUGCUGUUCUGGCUGAUGGCUUGGCCUUGCCACUGGCCACUUGCCGCGCUGUUGCACUCGCUCCUGAUGUUGGGGAGCCAGCUAGGCUGUUUUUUGUUGCCUUGGGUGCGG